AUGGCUGUCCCUUUGACGCGUGUAUCUUGGACCGUUUUGAAAAGAAAUCAGUUCCAGUAUAAACAAUUAUUAUCAGUUUCAUACGCGGAUCAUUUCUUUCGAUACAAAAAUACGUUUAAUCAAGAACAAAAGUCUCAUAUUUUUAAUAAAACAAUAAAGAAUGUCUUACUUUACACUGUUUUCUUUUCCGGUUUUGGUUAUAUUUUCUACAAAUGGAAAGAUGAUUAUCAAAACCGAUUUAGUAAUUUGAUGCAUUCCGUGUUCACGAUACAUGCUACAUCUUGGAAUGGAAAUGACAAUAGGAAUAGAUAUAAUUUUAUAGCAGAUGUGGUGGAGGUAUCAGCUCCUGCUGUAGUGUACAUUGAAAUUCAAAGCAAUAAAAGACAUGAUUCUUAUACAGGUAAACCAUCCACCAUAAGCAAUGGGUCUGGUUUCAUUGUUGGAUCAGAUGGAUUGAUACUGACCAAUGCUCAUGUGGUUACCAAUAGGCCUAAUACAACUGUUAAGGUACGUCUUUAUGAUGGAACUACUUAUGUUGGCCUUGUAGAGGACAUUGAUUUGCGCAGUGAUCUUGCUACUGUGCGGAUUAAAAAGACAAAUUUGCCAGUAAUGAAGCUGGGCUCUUCUGCAAAUCUUAGACCAGGGGAAUUUGUAGUAGCAAUUGGAUCUCCAUUAGCUCUAAAUAAUACAAUAACAAGUGGAGUAAUAAGCAGUGUAAAUAGACAGAGCCAAGAACUUGGUCUUCGCAAUAAGCAGAUGGCUUACAUCCAGACUGAUGCUGCUAUCACUUUUGGAAAUUCUGGUGGUCCACUGGUUAAUUUAAAUGGAGAAGCAAUUGGUAUAAAUGUAAUGAAAGUAACGUCUGGCAUUUCUUUUGCAAUACCCAUAGAUGAUGUUAAAGAUUUUUUAAAGAAAGCAGAACAACGUAGAAAGAACGAAGGUAUAAAAACCGUAGCCGACAAUCCCCAAACUAAAUAUAUCGGUGUCACAAUGCUUAGCCUAACGCCAGAUCUCUUUGACGAAUUGCAAAAGAAAUUAAGGGGAAUUCCACGCAACAUCAGGCACGGAGUACUAAUCUAUCAAGUGACCGUGGGAUCACCGGCACACAUGGGAGGUUUACAAGUCAACGAUAUUGUAACGCACGUGAACGACGAGCCAGUGGAAUCCGCAGACAGCAUAUACCAAGCCGUUGGACUAUCCAGAAUUUUGAGAGUGACAGUAGUCAGAGGGAUGGAAGUUUUACAUCUACGAAUUGAGCCAGAAGGAAUCUAAAUUGUUCAUCCAGUAGUACAAAAAAACCUCAACACAACGCUUACUUCCGUUAAAUAUAACACGAAUACUCUGUUUACAACUAAUAUUUUAUUUUUAUACAUCCU